UCUGUGUGUUAGAAAACAUAAAAAUCUGCUCUUAUAUUAUUUCGUCACAAAAUGAGUUUAAAAUAUGAAGUUAAAACAUCAAAUAAAUUGGGCAGAUAUCUGGUAGCCGCAAAAGAUUUACGGGCAGGCGAGAGAAUACUUUCUGACCAGCCGUUUGUGCUGGGUCCAAACAGCGAUACCUCGCUAGUUUGCUUUAACUGUUACUUACCACUCAUCAGCAAGUUUUUGGUCUGUAAAAAUUGCGGUCUUGCACCAAUUUGCCCUGGGGAUGGAUGCCCUGAACAUUCUGCUAAAUGGCACAAUCAGCACGAGUGUGACUUCUUCCGGAACCUAAAAUUAAAUAAAGGGACAAGUCCCAUGACUAUGGUUCAGAACGUUGGAUCUUUGUUGGUUUUACGAGCGCUACUGAAGCAGAAUAAUAACCCUCUGGAAUGGAAAAUUUUCCUCGAGUUGGAAUCCCAUUUAGACAGGAGGAGGGAAAGUAGUGUCUGGGAGUAUUAUGACAACACUGUGAAGUUCAUUCAGUCCCUCGGUCUCCUAGAAAAUGGACAGAACCAAGAUUUGGUCCAGCAAAUAUGCGCAGCGAUUGACGUGAACAGCUUCGAAGUCCGCGGUCCGCCGAUACCCGCAAUAGGAUGCGCUGAGGUGUUGCGUGGAGUUUAUUUGCAGGCGGCUCUAUUGGCGCAUGACUGCGUCGCCAACACACAUAUGUCCAUCAAUGACAACAACGUGCUGGUAUGCCACGCCAGCACCGACAUAAAGAAAGGAGAACCAAUUUAUUAUAACUACACAGAUCCCUUGAAAGGUACAGUAGUUAGACAGCAGCAUCUCAUGAUCGGGAAAUAUUUCCAAUGUACAUGCUCGCGGUGCUCGGAUAUCACGGAAAUGGACACUUUCAUGAGUUCAGCCAUUUGUCCGAGCUGUAAAACUGGUUAUAUGUCCAAGGCUGGAGAAUCAUGGAUCUGUCGCAGCUGCAAGAAGGAAUCCGAACAUUCUGUUAUAGGCCAUAAGGUUCAAUGCUGUUCUGAUAAAUUAGAAGUCAUAAACAAAAAAGACGAGAAAGAGUUAGAAGAGUACAUAAAAUACGUGUCGCUAGUGUUGGCUCCGAACCACUAUCUUUUGCUGGACGCGAAGCAACGUCUAGCGGGUGUACUAAGAGACAUUAUAAACAGAGAGCCUAGACCCACUAAGAAGGUGAUGCGUCGGAAGAUAGAAUUGUGUAAGGAACUAUUACCAGUUUUGGAGACGCUCAGUCCAGGAAUUUGUCGGAUUAAAGCCAUCACUCUAUACGAACUUCAUGCAACGAUCGUGCAGCUCGCAAAAAAGUUAUUCGACGCACGCGAAAUCACCGCGUCUGUUUUUGUGGAUGAAUUGUUAAGUGCCGAAAUACACCUAAAACUUGCUUUGGAAAUGUUGGUUAUUGAACCAGGUAAUUCUCCCGAGGGCGAGUUGUGUGCGAAAGCUUUGGAAGAAUAUAGGGCGUUGAAAUUAACAAUUGCCAAAGUUUUGGACAGUAUCCACGCAGAAGGAAAGGUUUAUGAAAUAACUGAAAUAUCUGAGCAAGUGACCUUACAUCCUGAAAUCGAUUGAAGCUUCAGACCGUUAGCAUAACUUAAUAUUCUUGUAUUAAACCCAAAAA